AUGUACGCCGCUCAGAAUAUAACGCCAACAGUUUUGGAUGCUAUGAAUGGAAAUGUUUCCGAAUGGUAUAACGAAUGCGACAAUGCCAUUAGAAGGUCAGAAAUAGUUCCUGGAACUUACGAAUAUACAACUGCUGUUUCUUAUGGAAACGUAGGUGAGUUUGGAGAAGGUUCUUCAACAACAGUAGAUAUUGCUUGCGACAGGUUUCAUAUUAUUUCUAUUGACAACUCUUUCUUAUACGUGGAACAAGACAUUGAAAUAAAACCUUCUGCCAAGUUGUCUGA